AUGGGUAGUUUCAAGGACACUAUUCUUAUGAAAAAUAUCAAGUAUGAAGGCAAACUAUAUGAAAGAUUCCCCAAAAUUUACAACAUUUAUGUCAUUGGUUUCGUUUCCUGUAUCUCUGGUCUAAUGUUUGGCUUUGAUAUUUCAUCUAUGUCAUCUAUGAUUGGUACUGACGCUUACAAACAAUACUUUGGAUCUCCAGAUGCUACUAAACAAGGUGGUAUCACUUCUUCUAUGGCUGCCGGUUCAUUUGUUGGUUCCUUGCUGUCACCUUUAUUUUCUGACGUUUUUGGUAGAAGAGUGUCACUUCACAUUUGUUCAACUUUCUGGCUUAUCGGUGCCACCUUACAAUGUGCUUCUCAAGAUCUUGCAAUGUUGGUAGUUGGCAGAUUAGUGUCUGGUAUUGGUAUUGGGUUUGGCUCUGCUGUAGCCCCAGUUUACUGUUCUGAAGUCGCACCUCCAAAAAUCAGAGGUGCCAUUGCUGGUCUUUUCCAAUUAUCUGUCACCCUUGGUAUCCUUAUCCUAUACUACGUUGGUUAUGGUGCCCAUUUUAUUACAUCUGCUUCAUCUUUCAGACUAACUUGGGGCAUUCAAUUAGUUCCAGGGUUUGUAUUGUUAGUAGCGACUUUUUUCUUGCCUGAAUCACCAAGAUGGUUGGCUAACAAGGGAUUCUGGGAGAAAGCAACCUACAAUAUCUGUAGAAUUAAUAAUACGGAUCCUGAUAAUAUUUCUGAAGAAGUUGCCAUUCAACUAGAAGAGAUGAACACUCAAGUAAUGGACGAUAAAGAAGCUGAUUCGUUCACUUACGCUAAUCUAUUCAGAAAGAAGACUAUCAAGAAGACUAUAGUUGGUAUGUCUGCUCAAAUGUGGCAACAACUUUCUGGUAUUAAUGUUAUGAUGUAUUAUAUUGUUUAUAUUUUCCAAAUGGCUGGUUAUUCAGGGAAUGCAGUAUUGGUGUCAGGGUCUAUCAACUAUAUUUUAAAUGUCGCUAUGACCAUUCCAGCGUUAUUUGUUAUCGACAAGCUUGGUAGAAGACCUAUUUUAAUAGUUGGUGGUAUCUUGAUGUUUGUUUGGUUAUUUGCUGUCGCAGGUUUAUUGUCUGUUUACUCUGUACCUGUCCCAGGUGGUGUUGGUGGUAAUGAAACAGUUAACAUCAUGAUCCCUGAUAAUCAUAAACAUGCUGCCAAGGGUGUUAUUGCCUGUUGUUACUUAUUCGUUUGUACUUUUGCUCCAACAUGGGGUAUUGGUAUUUGGAUUUACUGUUCUGAAAUUUUCAACAACAGCGAGAGAGCAAAGGGUUCUUCAUUGUCAGCAGCUGUUAACUGGAUCUUUAAUUUUGCCUUGGGUUUAUUUGUUCCAAGUGCAUUCCAAAAUAUUACUUGGAAAACAUAUCUGAUGUUUGGUAUUUUCUCGGUUGCACUAACUAUUCAUACAUUUUUAAUGUUCCCUGAAACCAAGGGUAAGACAUUGGAAGAAAUUGAUCAAAUGUGGGAAGCAAAUAUCCCAGCCUGGAGAUCAGCUUCAUGGAAACCAACAUUGCCAUCCCAUCUUCAUGAUGACUUUAAGAACUUACACACUGGAGAAAGUUCAUCUAAUUUUGUAGAGGAUGAUGGAAAGGCAGAAAUGGAAAAGCCAGUAGUUGACCAUAUCGAAAGCACCGACAAAUCGUUGUAA